GAAAUGCUGAAGUGCAGCAAGAAUUCAGAGGGUACUGCUGAAUUGGAAGAAGCCCUGGCCACAAUGCUUGAUAUCAUCAAAUCAGUAAAUGACUCCAUGCACCAGAUAGCAAUCACAGGAUAUGAGGGGGAUGUCAGUGAGCUUGGCAAGCUGUUGAUGCAAGGUUCCUUCAAUGUGUGGACUGACCACAAGAAGGGGCACAACAAGGUGAAGGACUUGGCUAGAUUCAAACCGAUGCAGAGACACCUCUUCCUCUAUACAAAGAUGCUACUUUUUUGCAAGAAACGGGAGGAGAACACAGAUGGCCAUGAAAAGACGGCUUCAUACAGCUUUAAAAAUUCGUUAAAGAUGAGCACUGUGGGCAUUACAGAAAAUGUAAAAGGGGACAACAAGAAGUUUGAGAUCUGGUAUAAUGGCAGAGAAGAGGUCUAUAUCAUUCAGGCAUCUUCUGUUGAGCUGAAAAACACCUGGAUUUCAGAGAUUCGCAAAGUCCUGACAGGACAACUGGAAGCAUGUAGAGAAGCAAGUCAACUGCACCAAAGAAUCACCGAGAGUGUAUACCAUGCACCAAUGGAUUCCUCCAAUGCAAGCAGGUAUAGCAGGAAGUCAUCAAGUAUAUAUGAAAGCAAAUCUGAGACAUCAAACGUGGAAGCAUCUAACAAUAAAAACAGGAAUUCCAGUCCCAGCUCCAGACAAAAGAGAGUUGAUGCUUCCACCAGCCUUAACCUUGAGCGCACAGCGCUUGCUAGAAAGCGAUUCACAUUGCAAGGUCUUUCCAACCGCAGAGCUCCACCCAAAGAUCCAGAAUCUAAGGAAAGAGAAGUUACCCGUCGCUUUUCCCUAGCCUCCUCCAUCAGCACCACAGUUAAUGCUUCUGCUGUGACCAAAGGUCCCCUUGUUCCUGCAGUUAAAGUCAAGAGACAUGAAAUAAAGAGUGACCCAACUCCCCUGGGGUUUGAAGAUGCAUUUGAGAACACCAUAUUGGCCCAGACUAAAUGUAAUACCGGUUCCACCACGAGACCUGUACCUAGAUCUGCUUCACAGACAGGUUGGCCCAGCAGGCAAAUGCCAUCUCUAGACACAUUUGAAGAUUUUGAAGCCAUCCCCUCCAGCACAGAUGAACUCUCCAACUCUUCUGACUUGGAGGAAGAGACCAACCCUAACAAUGGGACCAAUCUUUUUCGGGUAGAAGGCAGUUUUGACAGCUGUUUCCCAGAUUCUCUUACACUCGAGGAUGGAGAUUUAGUGCAGUUUGUGCAGGAAGGAGAGAACGGUCAAUGGUUAGUGAAGAAACUGGUCUCUGAGAAAAGCGACUGGGUUCCUUCCAGUAUAUUGCAGCCAGCAGAGGGGGACAGUAACAACAUAAUUAAGAACAGCAAUGCAGACAUUUACAACGAUUCCUGCAGUACAGCCUCAGUAGAGUCAGACACCAAGGAGAGCGAAGUGGCCAAAAGCUUCCCAGCAGAACAGAGGGCUGGCAGCUGA